UCUCUCUCUCUCUCUCUCUCUCUCUCUCUCUCUCUCCUUCUCUCUCUCUCUCCUUCGGCGAAGCUCACCAAAUGCUUUUGAAUUCUCCCACAUGCCUUUUGACAAAUCUAGUAUAAAUACUCAAAACCACUAGUCAGUCAUUCUCAAGCUCAUCAACAACAUUUGAUCAUCUAGCUCAUAAAUAAGCAUUUGAUCAUCAUCAGCAGAAUCUAUCUUGAUCGUCACCACAAGACAAAACCUCGAAUUUUCAUCAGAGACAGAAUCAAAAGAUGGGAAGAGCUCCAUGCUGCGAGAAGAUGGGGUUGAAAAGAGGCCCAUGGACGCCUGAAGAAGAUCAAAUCUUGGUCUCUUUUAUCCAUAAACAUGGCCAUAGUAACUGGCGAGCCCUCCCUAAGCAAGCUGCGAUUGCAGCAAAAUUGCCAGGGAGAACGGAUAACGAGAUCAAGAACGUAUGGCACACUCACUUGAAGAAAAGACUCGAAGAUUAUCAACCCGCUAAGCCUAAGACUAGCAACAAAAAGAAGGGUACUAAACAAAAAUCACAAUCGGUGGUAAUGAAGAAUUCGAACAGUACUAGAAGUGAAUCCGAAUCCGAGCUAGCAAAUUCAUCAAACCCUUCUUUAGAAAGCUUGUCGUCGGCAUCUCCUUCAACGAGUGAGGUUUCUUCGGUGACACGCAUGAGCUACGAAGGCCAUAGCAACGAGAGUAAGAUGGAGAUACAAUCAGGAGACAUCAGUACUAUCGAUCAAGAUAGUUUUUCUUUUGAGAAUUUCGGUGCAGACAUCGAUGAGAGCUUCUGGAACGAGGCGCUUUAUAGCCAAGAUGAACAAAACUACGCGUCAAAUCUUGAAGUGGCUGGUUUUGAUGAAAUACAACAAGGGUUUCAGCAAUUAGGCUCUGUUGAAAAUGAGAUGGUUUUUGACAGCGAGAUGGACUUCUGGUUCGAUGUAUUGGCUAGAACUGGAGGUGAACAAGACCUAUUAGCUGGACUCUAG